AAUAAUAAUAUAAUAAGAAAAAAAAGAGAGUAAGUGAAGAAGGUGGUGGAGGUGGCUGUUUUGAUCGUCAUUCCCUCAUCUCAUCUCCCCUACCAGAUCACCAGAUCCUGCUCUGCCUGUGAGAAAAAAAAUAUUUAUUUAUUUCUUAGAUCAUCGCCUUAAACAAAUUUUUGAGAUAGAGAAAGAGAGAAUAUGUUUGGAAUUGUAAGGCAAAAGAUUAGUGCCGGAGGUUCUCCCCUCCUGGCUUUUGGGCAGAGGAUUCGCCCUGCGGUAUCGGCAUGGAGAGGUUAUUCAUCUGCAGCAAAAGAGAUAACAGUUAGAGAAGCGCUAAACUCUGCGCUCGAUGAGGAAAUGUCAGCUGAUCCUAAGGUCUUUUUGAUGGGUGAAGAGGUUGGUGAAUAUCAGGGUGCAUAUAAGAUAUCCAAGGGGCUUUUAGACAAGUAUGGUCCCGAGAGAGUCCUUGAUACACCAAUCACAGAGGCUGGUUUUACUGGCAUUGGAGUUGGUGCUGCUUACCAUGGUCUCAAGCCAGUUAUUGAGUUUAUGACAUUCAACUUCUCUAUGCAGGCAAUUGAUCACAUCAUUAAUUCGGCUGCAAAAUCAAAUUAUAUGUCUUCAGGGCAGAUAUCAGUGCCCAUUGUUUUCAGAGGGCCUAAUGGUGCUGCUGCUGGAGUUGGUGCUCAACACUCUCACUGUUAUGCUUCGUGGUAUGCCUCCUGCCCUGGGUUGAAAGUACUGGCUCCUUACUCAUCUGAAGAUGCCCGUGGUCUGUUAAAGGCUGCCAUAAGGGACCCUGAUCCCGUUGUUUUCCUUGAAAAUGAGUUGUUAUAUGGUGAGACAUUCCCUGUUUCUGCUGAAGUACUCGACUCCAGUUUUUGCGUUCCAAUUGGGAAAGCCAAGAUUGAGAGAGAAGGGAAGGAUGUGACCAUUACAGCCUUUUCAAAAAUGGUUGGCUAUGCUCUCAAGGCUGCUGAGAUACUUGCAAAGGAAGGAAUCAACGCUGAGGUGAUUAACUUGCGCUCAAUUAGGCCGCUAGAUAGAGACACAAUCAAUGCUUCAGUCAGGAAAACUAACAGACUGGUGACAGUUGAAGAAGGGUUUCCUCAGCAUGGCGUUGGUGCUGAAAUCUGUGCGUCUGUUGUUGAAGAGAGCUUUGGUUAUCUUGAUGCCCCAGUUGAGAGAAUUGCUGGAGCUGAUGUUCCCAUGCCUUAUGCAGCUAAUUUAGAGAGAUUGGCUGUUCCACAGGUUGAAGAUAUUGUUCGUGCAGCAAAGAGAGCUUGCUACAGAUCUGUGCCAAUGGCUGCAGCUGCUUGAUGAUACUCAUUAAAGUCUAGAAACCCUCUUAAAUUCAGGAAUCUGAGAGAUGUACAUUUUUCUCCUCCUGGUUUCUGCUGGGAAGGAACAGCUCAUUGAAUAACAUGGAGUGUGUUGAUGACAGCGGGAAUUUUUGUCCAUGUUUUGUCAAAUUUGGUACCUGAUAUGAACCCGUUUCACACGUGAGCCAAUAAAUAUGUUUACUUGUGGAUUUUUAGAGCGCAUUCUCCUUUGAAUGGUCCAUGAUGUUUCCAAGUUUAUCUUCAUAUGAUCAAUUUGAUUCCCUUUUAUUCAUAAAUUGAUGUAUUACAUGCUCUUCAUGACAUCAGCUUGAAUUUUAGAGCCCCUAGUUAAUAAAUUAACGUGUUCUGGGUGUUA